AUGGCAGCCAAAGGUGAGACGAGCUCAUCCAAAGUGCGCAAUAGAGAGUUUCUCUUGGAGAUUGAGGCAAAAGUUCGAAAAUGGUGGGAAGACGAGAAAGUUUUCAGUGCUGAAUGUGAAAAGCCUGGUCACAAGUUCUUUGGAAAACUCCCUUUUGAUAGUUUUAUGGAAAAUCCGUUCAGUCUGUCAAAGCUGGAAUGGCUGCCAGAUAUUCCUAUUGAUGUCAUCAGAUUUGCUUUGGUAUAUGUUUGUGAUGGUGCUGUUGAUGAGGCAAAAAUCAACUUUCUACAUAGCAAUGCAGCUUCUGUAUACAAUGCUGCAAACACUGCCAUCCUAAAAUUCAAUGAAGAGAUGUCAUGGCAUGAAGAAUUCUUGGCUGCAGAUUUUGAAUCUUUGAGAUGUGGUCCCCCUUCUACUUUCGCAGACAGGGUGUUUGCCAAUGAGAUAAACAUUGCUUUGAACAGGACCAAAGAGCAAUACGAAGCUGGCCAGUUUCGAGGAGCCCUGGAUUCCAUUUUUGAGCUUCAAGAUGCCAGAGAUUGGUACAAGAUUUCAUGUGGUGGUACAAACGCAAUGAACCGUGACUUGGUGUGGCGUUUUAUGGAUGUGCAGACAUGUCUUAUAACUCCAAUCUGUCCACACUAUAGGGAGUAUGUCUGGAGGGAUCUUCUGAACAAGAUGGACUUUGUGGUGAAUGCAGACUGGCCUGUCGCUGAUGCUCCAGAUGAGUCAAUCCUUCAGAGUGGCGAUAAGUAUUUGAAAGACUUAAUUGAUUCAAUGAAGAGACACGUUGAAAGUGAGAGAAAUAAGAAGGGUACUGCUCUAGCUACCACUAGUUUGACAGACGAAAGCCAAAAAUUAGAAGCUCUUAUAUAUGUUAAUGAGGCAGGUGAUACACUUACUUUCUCUACCGAGGCAUUGCAUACAGAUUUUAAACAACACGGAAAUGAGUUCAAUCAGAAUGCGAAAGUAAAGUUCGGGGAUCAAUUCUUAGAUUUGAAGCUGCCUUUUAGAGAGAAAGUGCUUCUACAGAAUUUGAACUUUAUUAAGAGGGAAAUUGGUCUUGACAAGGUGCAAGUUUUAUCAGCUACCAACCCUGGUGAUCUUGCUAAAGCUGGUUCUCCUAUUAAAUUGUCAGAUGCUGAAUCUUCCUCACCUGGAAAGCCAGCUAUUCUCUCCUUGACAUGUCCAAAAAGAGAUUUUAGAUCAUUUGGUACUUCAAAGACUACACCGUUAAUGGCCGAUUUAUCCUCAUCUGGCUCUGCACCAAAGCACACCAACCCUUUAACCAUGCUCAGUUUGUGGCCAAAAUUUAAGCUACCCCAAAUAUUCUCACAAAGGGAAGAAAAUUACCCCGAAGAACUCUCACAAAGGGAAAAAUACUAUCCUGAAAAAUGUCACAAUAAUCCUGCUUCCUUGUAUCGCCCUCCCUCUAAGCUACUCUUCCAGGGUUCCUUUGACAAGGCCUUAGAUACUGCUUGUAACCAAGACAAAUGGCUCCUGGUGAACAUGCAAUGUUUGGAUAAUUUCAGCUCGCAUAUGCUUAAUCACCACGUCUGGUCUGAAAAAGCUGUCUGUGAGACCAUUAGUACCAAUCUUAUCUUUUGGCACGAGUAUUUUGAUACACCUGAAGGUGAUAUGGUUUCCAGAAAGUACAUCUUGGACUCAAGAACCAUAGUGCUGCUGAUUGACCCCAUGACUAGUGAAGCAAUGUGUUCAUGGAAAGGAAUGGUUAAUCCGAAUGAUUUUAUGGAGGAUCUAGUACCAUACUUGCUGACUAGCCCCAAGAAUAACUGUGUACCUCAAGAAGAGAAGGAACUACUGCGGCACACAUCGAAGUUGGAGACAAGUAGUGGAAGUACUUCCAAAGCCAAACAAGACUAG